CAUAUUUACAGGCUCCAAAACCCACUCCAAUUCUGAUUCUUCAGGUGAUUCAUGUAUGACUUUUAAUCAGGAAAUAGUGUAAAGAUGAAAGUGGCUGAUAAUCUAAACUAAGCACACAAUUCAUAAAUUUGUUGCCUGUCAUGACUUAUAUUGACUAUGAGCAGCUUUCCCCCUCUUUUGAUCCUGUAUAAUUCUGAAUUUGGUGCCAGACGUCCAGGAGGAGGUCUGAAUGCAAAAGCUGAGUUGAGAACCCUGAACCCAGGUGUCCUGCAUAAGGCUGAGUCACUAGUGUUUACUUUCUUGGUCAAAACCCCAUGUCCCUCCUCUAAUCCACUGAUAAGGGAUGUCUUCCUCCUCUAUCUUACUGUAGCUUAUCAGGUCUCAUCAAAACUGUCUGGAUCUACUUUCCCUGUUGCUUAGUUUAGCCACUUUGACUAGUGGAAGUGAUCAAAGAGCUAUCAAACUGGUCAAAGUCUGACUGCCCCUGCUCCCUUUCCUAGGAGAAAUCAAAUGUUCAAACUACUCUCACAACAGCAAUCCAAAACAAACAAGCUGUUUUUGGAUGAACUACAAUUUUGUCUCAGACUCUGGUCCUCUCCAAAGUCACUGUGGACCAUGAUGAAAUCAUACAGAUUGUUGAAGAAAGAACCAAACAUGUUUUUCACCCACAUGGAGGAACCAGGUGUAGAGCCCCAGGGCUAUGGGAUUCCAAGAGUACAUGGAUGAGAGGAAAACAGAACAAUAAAAAGACAGCAAAUUCAGAGCAAGUCUGGCUACAGCAACAGAAAUAUCUCAGUACUGUGACCCUCAGAUGUCUGGACUUUGCUGCAGUGUGUGUGCUGGCCUGUCAUGAGAACCAUUGUGUAUGCACAGACUGAGAGCCUGAAGCAACAGUAGGAAGCAGCUGUAGCAUUCAAAGUCUUCUCUGAUAUUGUUGAGCCUCCUCCUACAACCUGUGUAUGCAUCGAUGGAGUUUCCUCUGUUCACUUGUGGUUAUAAAGGAGAGACCAACACCUACAUGGAGGCAGAUGUUAACCUCGCUACAUUUAUUCCCAUUUCCAUCCCACUUGAUCUAUCACAAUACCUCCAUAUCCUUUUUGACAGAAAACCAACUCUACUAUGGAAGUUCGACCUAGUGACUUGGAGAAACUAUCAAUAUUUGCUGACCUUAUACUUUGCCAUUGAAGAGAUAAAUAAGGACUCAAACCUGCUUCCCAAUAUGACCUUGGGUUCCCACAUCUACAAUGCUUUUAAUUCUAACAAAAUAACCUUGGAGGACCCUCUGAUAUGGCUGUCUGGAAGGAGUGAGUAUAUCCCUAAUUACAAGUGCAACACUCAAUACAAACCUCUAGGAAUCAUUUCAGGAAACAAGCCGGAAUUUUCUGCUGCAAUUGCAACACUUUCAGAGCUCUACAAUGUCCCACAAGCUACACUGAAGAAAUGCAUAGCAUCUAUCAGCACACAUUACUACAAACAGAAAAUGCCUGGUGAGCACAAGAGUCAGCAAUAAUCAAGAUUAAAAAACCUACACG